AUGUGUAACAUACACUUUAACCACUCGCUAGCCGCUAUGAACGGGAAUGAAAUCAUGGCUUACUCGCUAACUCUGGAGCAGAAAACAGCCUUUGCAUUUGUCGGGAUGCUGUUGGUGUUCUUGGCACUCCUGAUUAUACGAUGUUUCAAGAUUUUGCUGGACCCUUACAGCAGUAUGCCUUCAUCGACUUGGGCCGAUGGCGUGGAGGGGCUAGAGAAAGGGACCUUCGAGUAUGCCCUCGCCUGACAAAUGCCUUUUGUGCUCCUCCAAAAAAAAAAAAGACAGGGGAUAUUUUAUGUUUUGUGGUCUGUGAGCUAGCAGCUGUUUGUCAAUGGGUACUGCGUGUUCACUGUUAGAACUGACUGUGCACUGUGGAGACCAGGGAAAGAGAUGUCUCAGGGAAAAUGGGAGUCAUUAGAUGGGAAACAGGGUCUGUACUACUCUAACUCUAUGGUAGUCAUGUAAAGCUGGACAGUCUUACACAAGAACACAGGGUCGCUGUCUUUAUUAAUGAAUGAUAUAGUUAUUUAGUGAAUUAAUUGAUGGUCACAUGUUACUGGUUGGACCCAUACAGAUGGAUGGUUAUGGCAAGCCUCAACAGUCAAUGUAAUGGCAAUUUGUGUACAAGUGGUCGUAAUGUAUUUUAUUGAUGAAAAUGACAGUUUUCCAAUGCUGCGAAAAUAUUAUGUCUCAGAUGUGUGUAGAUGUAUGUGAACACUAAUGGCUUGAAAAGAAAAUGCUGUCGCACAGCCGUGUAAAGUGCAGAUUUCUGUGACUGUUUUUUUCAUCCCGCCCAGAAUAGACUUUUGGGGAAAUGGUGGCUAUAUCUCAAGGUAAAUUUCAUGUCUGUCUGAUGUUUUCAUGUCUGCACUCUCAGAAAUGAAGUGACAGUGGAGGUACAUUUUUCUUCUUCAAGGAUCAAAUUCCCCAAAUGUACCCUGACAGUACAAAAAUGUUCUCUUUGGGUACAAAUAAGUAAAUUUUCCAAGCAAAUACAGUAUUUGUACCAUUUUAGGCAGUUUUUGUACCUUUAUUUGUGAGAGUGUGCGUUAAUGCAUCGCCAACUAAAACACUGGCUUUCAUACAGGGAGGAUGGUUUCAAACAGAAGGGUUAUUAUGCACCUCAUUGUGCGAUAGCAACUACUCUAUUCAACUGAGCUCUUUCAGUCUCACUGCAUCAGCUGUGCAACUUCAUGCAAGGGUAACCAUCCCUGUUCCUGGAGAUCUACCGUUCAGCAGGUGUUCACUCCAACCCUAACAAAGCACACCUCAUUCAAUUUCUAGCCAUCCUGUUGAGCUGUAAAUUAGUAGUCAGGUGUGCAUGCCAAAUUGGAUUGGGUUGCAAUGAAAACCUACCCAAUGGUAGAUCUCCAGGAACAGGGAUGGUGAUCACUGCUUUAGUGCAAUAACUGCAGUUCAGCUAGUGAAUUCCACAAUAAAUAGAGUCAGUGGCUGGCUGCCUCCUGAAUUUGACAGAAGACAUUGAGGGAGGUGAUUAAAUUGUUAUGAAUAAAUGUAAAGAAGGGAUUAAAUAAUGUAAAAUUCCAAAAUAUUACAAAUAAAAAAACAAGGGACACAUUUUAAAAAUCUGAAAGCAAGGUGCUCUGUCAUAUCAAUACACAUAUUUUGUGAUAGAACUAAAGACCUUCUGGCAAUGUGAACGUCAUCAGGGUAAGCAGAUAAAGCAAGAGUACCUGCUAUAUCUUCUUCCAGUUCCUGCGGAUGAUGAGGGGUUGGGUGGUUUCUGAGAAGGAAUAUAUACAGUAGAGCUCAUUUCAAGUGUUCCUAGUGCUGUGAAUUUGCCUUAUUGUAACCCAAAUGGGUUAAUGUGCCUUCAUUUAGAGAUGCUACAAUUCCCCAUGAGGUGGCGUGUGCUGUGCAUGUGUGGUGUGUGAUUGACUGACACUCUCCCCUCCUGUUGCUGUGGGGUCGGGGGAAGUGACAUGUCAGUACCCUGGAGUUGUAUGCACCUUGUUGAAUA